CCUCUUUACUCUCAGUCCUAUUUCUUUUUGCGAUGUAGUAUAAUCAUUAUUUUUGCUUGUGUAUUGUAUAUUUUGCUCUACCCGGGUGGUGUUUUUGAAUGUCGCCGUUGAUUUGAUUUUAAGGUGCUUCAAUAUCUUGUACGAAAUAUUAUGUUAAAAACGAUGUUUGUUCUACGACAGCUAUAUCUACUCUAUACGAAGCAAAGAAUGUGUACUCCAAUAAGCCAUUUGAUUAAGCUAUCUAAUCACAAAAUUCAUACAUCUAAAGUUAUGUUUCAUGGUGAAUACGAAAUGCAGGAUCCUAAAACUGAGGCUGAUAUCGUUAACGUCACUUUUAUUGACAAAGCAGGCAAGAAAAUUAAAAUAAAAGGAAAAGUAGGAGACAAUGUACUUUAUUUGGCUCAUAGAUAUGAAAUUGAUAUUGAAGGUGCAUGCGAAGCCAGUUUGGCAUGUACAACUUGUCAUGUAUAUGUACAUCAUGAUUAUGUGGAUAAACUUUCAACUCCUGAUGAAAAAGAAGAAGAUCUUUUGGAUUUAGCACCUUUCUUGAAGGAAAAUUCUAGGCUAGAGAUCGCACAUAAUCCGGUUCCGAGUUAUAAGGAUUAAAGCUCCUGAUUAGUCGCGGCAGCUAUGUUGGAAUCGUGACGUCAGAAGCGAGGAAUGACACGUUAAUUUAUUUACACGUUGCAUGCCAUUUUUAAAUGAAGACAAUUUGGAUGAAAUGAAAUGAUGAGAUCGCUUUAAAACACUUGUAAAAAUCGAUGAAAACUUUCCUCUUUUGUUCAGUAAGUGGUCGUAAAAGGGACGUAAAAUGAGCUUAUAUUUUGGUAGAAACACACAGUCCGACAACUGUUGAAACGUACGUUGUAAAAUAUAUGCUUUUACAUAUAAAAUUCCAAGAUAACUUUAGUUUUCAUCGAUAAUUACGAUUUUGAUAAGUACAAGACUAGUCACAUUUUCACAAUUAAGCAAAUAACAACGAAAUGCAUGCAAUAAAUUUUGUCAUCAAAAUGUCACUUUUCCAUGCUUACAAGUUCAGCCAUUUAUCGUGGUGUGGCGCUGUAACACACAUACAAGUACGAACCUAUGUACGUGUUCUCACCGUCGGUAUGCCGAGACAGCGAGCUCUUUCUCACACUAAUCACUUGUUUCAAGCGACCGAAAAUGCUUUUUCGGCAAUUUUGGCUUCCGGCAUCGAUAAGGAGCGAGAAGCAUUCUAAAUAACAUAUAAGUUUUAAUAAA